GUUCGGUUACAAAGUCAGUCGAAAUCCUGAAAAAAUGGCGCCGAUUUCGUACUCAAAAUGUCUGCUGAUGGCCUUACCCGCCGUCGUUUUGGUGAGUUUUGCUGCAUUAUGGUGGCAGAGUAAGGAGAAAAGACGGCGUUAUCAAGAAGUGGGGCGGGUUUGUAGCCUGAUCAUUUAUCCCGUGAAAUCUUGCAAAGGAAUUCCUGUGGAUGAUGUGAAGUGUUUCAAAGAAGGAAUGGAGUACGACAGGCGUUGGAUUCUAGUGGAUGCCAAUGAUACCUUCGUAUCCCAGCGUAAAGAUCCAAAGCUAGCCCUGAUUGUUCCUCGCUUUGAAGAUGGAAAAUAUCUUUGUCUUGAUGCCCCUGGAAUGGAAACCUUGAAAAUGGACAUAGAAUUACAAGUACCUGCAGAUAAACAGGAAUACAAGAAGAUAAAGGUUUGGAGGAUUUAUGGAGAAGGUCUCUAUUGUGGCGAUGAAGCAGCAGAGUGGAUCUCCAAUUUUUUAAAUAAACCUGGAUACAAGAUGUAUAAACUUUCCAAACCAAGAGUGAUUUGUGAAGAUGACAAGUGGGGUGAUGUUGCUCUACCAGAUGACAAGUCAGCAUUUGGAGAUUUUGCUCCAUACAUGAUUGCAACAGAGGCCUCAUUAGAAGCGGUGAACGAAGAACUUUCAUCUCCCGUGACAAUGGAAAGAUUCCGUCCUAAUGUUGUGGUUGAGGGCAUGAGGGCUUUUGAUGAGGACAAGUGGGCAGCUAAGAUAAUAAAAGUUGGCGAUGUUGAAUUUAGAUUCCUGAAACGCUGUGGAAGGUGUCUGUUAACAACAGUGAAUCCUGACACAGGCGAAAAAGAAGGAGAUGAACCUUUGGCCACUUUAAGGAGAAUAAGGCUCCCUGAAGACAGAGACCCAAGACAAGGGAAUGCCCCUCUGUUUGGAGUUCUUGUUGCCCCUGUGGGCAAUGCAGUUGGAGUUAUAAGGAUUGGAGAUGCUGUCAUGGUUUCAGAAUAAUUGCCACGUACAAUCUCAAUAAAGAAUAAAUUGUGGUAAAUUAUAAGGUUACUUAUUGUAUAAUUUUGCAAGUUAAGGUAAAGUGUAGCAUUAUUGUGUGUCAGAUUUGGGGGUAUGACAAAGUCUGUCCUUUUUCUUAAGUAAGCCAAAAUUGUUGAAAGCUUUUCACCUGAUUUUAUCUUUCAGUUGGAACACAUAUCUGUGCUGAAAGGUUUAUGGUAUAGCAUGUUGUUGUAUUUAUUAACUCAGACAAUAAGUCUUCUUUCACCUCUUUUUUUCAGAACUGUUUUUUGUUUGUUUGUUUGUUUGUUUGUUUGGGUCACAUUUCCAGAUUUCAUAUGCAUCUCACUGACUGAAAACCACCUGAUACGCUCAAUAUUUUUCCCCUGGAAGAAAUGGAAAGAAAAUCUACACUAUACUUUUAUAUCUAUUUUUUUUUUUUUUAUUGAUUGAUAGAUUAAUUGACUGAUGUUUGUUCUAGGGAAGGGGUGGUGUAAUCAUUAUGAGAGGUUCUUAUUUAAUAUUUUAGCCAUGGAGGAGGUGAGGGCUACCAAUAAAACUGGAGGUUCCAAUUCUUAUUUAAAUCUGAUGGCUUAAUUAUGCAAACAUGUUGAAAGUUACGUAUCUAAUGGUGUUUGGGUUUGUAAUAAUAACUUAAAUGUAUGGUGGAAUAGUCUAGCUUCUCAUAAAAACAUGAAGUGAGGUUGGUAAUACUUCUCUAUGCACGAAGUAAAGUUGUGGCAAUUAACCAACAAAUAAACAUUGUAUCUACUAAUA